GGUGACAGGGCCACUUGAGAAGAAGACCUGGUGCUGCUCCCACCUCGGUGUGGGUUGCCCGUCGACGCCGAACAAGAGCACCCUCGUCACCAGCGCGACCAGCACGGCGACCUCUGCAACCCGUCUGUUCGAUUGCGACGAAGGGUCUUCGAAUUGGGAGGUUGCUUGGUCACUGGAGAAGAAGACCUGGUGCUGUUCUUACUCUGGUGUGGGCUGCCCGGCGAUACCGAACAAGAGCACCCUCGCUGUCACCACGACCAGCACGGCGACCUUUGCAGCGGAUCUGUUCGAUUGCGACGAAGGGUAUUCGGAGUGGCAGGCUGCUUGGCCGCGAGAGAAAAAGACCUGGUGCUGUUCCCACUUUGGUGUGGGUUGCCCGUCGAGUUCGAACAAAGAAACCGUCGCUACCACCGCGACCAGCACGACGACUUCUGCAACGGACCUGUUCGAUUGCGACGAAGGGUCAUCGAAUUGGGAGGUCGCCUGGCCACGCGAAAAGAAGACUUGGUGCUGUUCCCAAGGUUCUGGUUUGGGCUGCGAUUUUACAUCGACUACCAUCACCACUGCGUUUGACUGUGCAGCAGGAUAUUCAAAUUGGCGGGAGACUUGGUCGAGAUACAAGCGGGACUGGUGUUGCGAGAAUUUCCACCUCGGUUGCCCGCAGCCCCCCACGACCGAUGCUUCAACGACCACCGCCUCAAGGACGACCACGGGCAUCUCAACGCUCACCCGAACGGACCUUGUCGACUGCAACGAAGGCUUCUCCGACUGGGUGAACAGCUGGCCUGCCGACAAGAAGCAGUGGUGCUGUGGAACCGUAGGGCUGGGGUGUGAGGUCGCCAGUCCGACCAUGACCACCACCACGAGCAGUUUGACCGCUGCUGUUGCCAGUUCGACCACGACCACGACCACCUCCACGACCAGCUCGACCACGACAAGCUCGGCCACUUCCGCCGCCGCCACGUCCAAGCCUUUUGACUGCGACGUGGCGGCUUCCAACUGGCAGGAGGCCUGGUCUCCUGCGAAGAAGGAGUGGUGCUGCCAGGAGACACAGGUCGGCUGCCGUUCCGCCCCGUUCGACUGCGGCGCCGGCUACUCGAAUUGGCGGGAGGGCUGGUCGCGGGGCAAGAAGGAGUGGUGCUGCGUGAACGAGCAAGUCGGCUGCGAGGGGAGGGCCUGCGUGUCCAAGCUGCGCGACAUCAAGAAGGACACGCAGGGCAUGGACGAGGUGCUGCGCGAGCUCUUCGACCUCGUGGACGGCAACACUUAUGCCCCGAGCACGCCGCAGGCCCCGCUGUACUCUACGCUGGCCGCGGCUCCUCCUGGGACCUGGCGCGCUACCUUGGAGAACCCCGAGGGCGAGGGCGCGGAUCCCGAUGGGACGGGCGAGCGUGCGAGCGGAGAGGUGCCCCGCGACACUUUGGUGCCCCUCGCCCUCGCUGGCGGCGAGGUCGACGCGGUGCCAGUGCCCGUGUGGAUGAGCAGCUCCAGUGGGGAUAUGAAUGACCUCAUGAAGAUGGCGAGGGGCGUGGGCUCGGUCAACGCCAAGACGCAGUACAAGGGAGGGGCUGGCAGUUCGCAGGCGGGGAAGGGGUCAGCUACCCCCUCUAAGCCCAAGGGGCCCAAGGGGGCCAAGGCGGCCGCAACCCCCAAGAGCGGCCGCAAGGAGACCCCCAAGAGCAAGAAGGUUGCGCCUGAGGUUAAGAUGACGCCUAAGUGCAUUCACAGCAGGGCCUACUAUCGCGCCCGCAAGGAUGCCCUGGACAAAGGUCUUUCGGCUGAGAAGGCCCUCAAGGCGGCCCGCGCUGCAGGCGCGAAAGCCGUGCGCGACUUGACGCCGUGA